CAGGCCUAGGUUUAAACAGAACGUUCUGGUUCGCUGGACACGCGGUAAUCGAAGACCAUUUGCAACAAAAAUUUAAUAAAAUCGAGACGCCGUGAGACAAUUUAAGGAUCAUUGCACAAUUGACAAUUAAAAAGGUUGAGAGAGAAGUACAUUGUAGACACUAUUUACGUCAAUUUAUAACACGUGCCAAAGAAAAAUAAAAUAAUGGAAGAGGAAGAGAACACCGUACAACUCAGACAAGUAAAGCCGAUUGUCGUAAACGAUAAGAAUGGUCCCAAUUACGGCAACCAGGGUGGACCGGAAAUAAUCUCAGGACAUGAUAAUCCAGCAUUUGACCCGGAAGUGGGUGCUGAAGUGAAACAAGUAAAUGGGAACAUUAAGAAACAAGAUGAUGAUGAUGACGAGGAUUAUAAUUCUGAAGAGGAUGAAUUUGAAGCUGAUUAUGGUAAUUCCUGCUCUCGCGGAGUCAUGCGACUUCAGACGGCCAUCUUUGGUACUUUCAAAACCCACAAAGAGAUGAUAAUGAGUUGUGUAUAUGUAUGUCUGUUGACGCUGUAUAUGGCUUACUUCAUAUCUGCCAUGGUGUAUCGUUUCGGUGACGAAGGCUCCUGGAGAUUGCUUAUAUGUACGAUUUUGUUGGCGCUCUACAUUGGAUAUUUUGCUAUGCAUUCUGUGUUCGGGGAACAAAUGACAAUAUACUUCUACUGGAGUAAACUGCAGAAGGAGACACGAAAUAAAAUUGCUAAGUGGUUUCAUCUAAUACUUUGUGUACUGCUGGCAUUAGGAGUCGUAGUUUAUAUUAUAGCAGAGGUGGCACUAAAAGCUCCGCAGAACCUUAUUUCACUGACGGGAAUGGUCUUCUUUAUUGUCACUUUCUACAUUUUUUCACAUAACCCCGCCAGAGUGAACUGGAGACCCGUAUUUUGGGGUUUGAUAAUACAGUUCUAUUUCGCCCUCGCCAUUUUACGCUGGGACCCCGGAUACAGAGCAUUUCGCUGGUUAGGGGACAGAGUGUCGGAGUUCCUUCUGUAUACAGACGAGGGAUCCAAGUUUGUGUUCGGAGAAAAAUUCGAAAUGCAUUACUUUGCUUUUAAGGUACUGACUGUGAUAGUCUUCUUCAGUUCCUUCAUCUCUGUCCUCUACUACCUCGGAGUGAUGCAGUUCAUCAUUCGACAUAUCGCCCGCUUCAUGGCCACUGUAAUGGGAACUUCUCCAGCAGAAUCUCUUAACGCAGCCGGAAACAUCUUCAUAGGACAGAGUGAAGCUCCCUUAUUGAUCCGCCCCUUCCUUUCCAAAAUGACCAGAUCAGAGCUGCACGCCAUUUGUACCGGAGGGUUUGCUACCAUUGCCGGAAGUGUCAUGGCGGCUUACAUCUUAUACAAGGUUCCAGCCAACCAUCUUUUGUCUGCAUCUGUGAUGUCUGCUCCGGCAGCACUGGCUAUGUCUAAACUGUUUUACCCCGAGACCCGGCGAUCCAGGGCAGGGAAGGAGGUUUACAAUAUGGCGUCAGGACAGGAAAGGAAUAUCAUCGAGGCGGCAUCUAAAGGGGCCUCGCAGUCCAUAUCUCUCAUCGCCAACAUAGCAGUCAAUCUCAUCGCUUUCAUUGCUCUCAUCGAAUUCGUAAACCAGACCCUGAUUUGGCUUGGUAACCGUAUAGGCAUGGAGAAACCCGGCGACGAACUCACAUUUCAGUUUCUCUGUUCCUACGUUUUCUACCCCGUAGCAUUCCUGAUGGGGGUGGAGGCGACGGACUGCUUUGAUGUCGCUAAGCUGAUUGGAUACAAGACAUUUAUCAAUGAGUUUUACGCCUACACAAAGCUCUCUGUGUUCAUAAAUAAUCAGGAGAAUCUCACGUGGUAUGAAUCUCUGCCGACCAAGGAUUCCAAUUUUACGGGGAUGUGGCAUUUUGAAGGAAGUGACAUAGUUUACGAGGAUUUUAACCAUACAUUAACUGGAGGGAUACUUCAGGACCGGUCAGUUGUAAUCUCCACAUACGCUCUCUGUGGUUUCUCAAACUUCUCUUCCAUCGGGGUGAUGCUUGGCGCCUUAGGUGCAAUGGCGCCAAAUCGAAAGUCAGCUCUUGCCCAGGUUGUCAUCAGGGCCAUGAUUGCGGGAAAUGUGGCGUGCUUCAUGACUGCUUGUAUAGCUGGUUUAUUAUAUGAAGGGAAAUAGAUGUCAUUGAUUAGUUUUUAGCAUACAUAGGCAUACACCUGCUUGUUCAUUUGUUAAAGAGGAUACUAUUUAAGACGCACGUACAUUUUUUUGUACCAUAGAAAGGUAUAUUUGAAUGCAGUCAUAAUUUUAUAAUGUAAGUUACAUAAAGAAUGGCGUUUGAUGGUAAAUUCAAGAUGAAAAUUUCAAUCUCGCUGAUAUUCAAUGCCCGUGUAAUUUUUAGCAUCAGUAUUAACUCAUCCUCAAUUGCAAAAUGUGAUUUCAAACGUGUUUUGAUAAAUAUAAAAAGAGACAGUUAUAUUUUUGAAGGCGCUCGAGAGAAAAUUUUCCUCAGAAGUUUUGUUUAUCAUAAUUUCAAUAAUGAGAACUUUACUCUAAAUGCUAAAUUCACAAAUUGAAUAUGAUUUUUAUAUAUCUGAAACUAAAGGCAUUUAGCACGCCUUGUUCUCCCAUCUCCAUGGCAUAAGAUUUAUACGCUAGCUUGAAAUGAUAUGCUAACUUAAACAACCAUAUUUUAACAUACAACAUGUUUAAUAAGUUACAUGUAUAUAUGCUGAAAAGACGAUAUUAGAGUGGAUUUUUAGGAAUAUAUCUAGUGUCAAAUAUUUUUAUGUUAUAGUUUGAAUCUUUAAUUUCCGUUUCCGUAACUGUCUAUCACGUCAUGUAUAUAUUAUCUUUCAUAGGGCGAUACGUACAUAUAUCUAUACCUACAGAGUUUCUCUUUACCCAUUGUGCAAUUUUUGAAUUUUUUAGUAGGUGCUUUUCAUCUUAAUAUGACUUUUUCUGACUUCUAAUCUUUUACUUGAUAAUUUUUUCGUCUUUUUAUGCAUCUUUUUUAUUUGCUUGAUCUGUAUAUUAUAUUAUAUGUGUACGUCUAAAAUUUUAUGUAAUAUUAACCAAAAAUAUUACACUCGUAUCUCAUACUU